CCCUCCGCAAGAAAUACACCCGCCUAGCACCAAACCCCUACACCAUGACCCCCCAAACCGCACACGAGAUCCUCCUCCCCCUCUUCACACACGAGUUCCCCUUCUCCUACGCCCUCUCCACCCAAAUCGCCCUCCUCAAAUCCUACGCCAUCCCCUCCGGCACCUCCCUCCUAGUAGCCACCCGCCGCCUCACCACCCCACGCGCCGUGGGCAAGCGCUCCGAGGACACCGCAAUCUUCAUAUCCGAGCUCCUGGCAUCCAACAUCGACAGCGAUCGCGGCCUGAAGACCCUCUCCAAAAUGAACUGGAUCCAUAGACAGUACGGAAACCGGAUCCGGAACGACGAUAUGAUACACACGCUUGCGCUGUUUGUCCUGGAGCCGUUGCGGUGGAUUGACCGGUAUGAGUGGCGUCCGUUACUGCAGGUUGAGCGUGUGGCGGUCUUUGUGUAUUGGAGGGAGAUUGCGAUGAGGAUGGGGAUGGUUGGGGUUCCUGAGACGAUUGAUGGGUUGGGGAUUUGGGCGGCGGAGUUUGAAAAGGAACAUAUGUACUUUGCGAAGAGUAAUGUGGCUUGUGCGGAUGCAACAGUGGAGUUGUUUGUGAAGGCUUUGCCGGGUUGGAUGAGGGGGUUUGGGAGAUGGGUUGUUGCGGCGCUGAUUGAGGAGCGGGUGAGGCCGUUGCUGGGGGUGCAGGAACCGCCGGCGUGGGUGCUCAAGCUUGUGGAGGGGCUGUUGGAUGUGAGGGCUUGGGUUGUUAGGGUAUUGUUUUUGCCUAGGUGGAAGGGAGUCCCUGCUGGAGGGGUGGUGGAUGGGACGACUGGGAGGGUAAGGAGGGAGGUGUAUGCAUUUGAGCCGUGGUAUGUGGGUGAGUCGUGGUGGUUGAACGUUCUAAAGAAAUGGACUGGGUUGGGCUUGUGGAUGGGGAAGCCGGUGCCAGGCCCCGAGUUCCUGAGUGAUGGGUAUCUGCCCGAGGAGAUAGGGCCCAAGGAGUUCAGGGAGAAGUCGAGGGCUGAUGUACUGGCUGAUGCAGAGAAGAUGGGGGAGUACGCCAGACAGGGAGGCGGAGCUGCCUUGGGAUGUCCGUUUGCUUUUGGCAGAUAGUACAUAUGGUACGAAAUGUAUUCGGGUAUUUGGGUAUUAAGGUACGG